CUGGGGAGUGAGUGUGCUAAUUUGGCGUUAGCCACUGAUGCAAACGAGGAUCAAUGUACGAGUAAUGAUGACAGUAGAAACAAAUUGAGACCUAAAGAAUUUUGCUUUGAUAUUGACCUGUUCUACUACGUGAAAAUACAGACAUCGUAUAGCCGAAGGUUUCAGUGGGAACAGAGGAAAUACAUUGUCAGGUUUCAUCAUCGCUUACCCUCACGCACACACCGCUCCUGCAAUGGCUAGAUCUUAACGAUGGAGAAACAGAAAAGUAGCUCUGGAGAGGAGCAGAGGUCCGUGGACCGGGGCCUGCUCCACACGUGGAAGGGCUACUCCUGCAGCGUCACCCCACAGAAGGUGCUCCUCUCUCGGCCUGUGCUGCAGGCAGCGCUGGGCUACAAGCAUGGAGUGCUGCUGGUGGAGGGGGGGCAGGUGUACAGCUUCGGGGAGUUGCCAUGGAAACAGACCGCUGGCACCACGUCACCUGACCCGAUCCUGGAGGCGGGCCUCAGCGGUCAGAAGGUGGUGGGCGUGGCAGCCGGAGGGUUCCAUAGCGGCGCGGUGACCGAAGACGGAGGCGUCCACAUGUGGGGCGACAACGCCCACGGCCAGUGUGGCCUAUCGGGGCUCGCCACGGUCCCCAACCCCACACCUGUGGCCGUGGUCGACCACCCGUCCGACCCCGCCUCUCUGGGCCUACAGACACAGGUGAAGAUCCUGGAGCUGGCUUGUGGGGAGCAGCACACGUUGGCGCUCUCUGCCCGGCACGAGGUGUGGUCGUGGGGCACGGGCCCCCAGCUAGGCCUGCCUGGAACUGGAACCUCCACAACCUCCAGUACACACGCCGCCACCCCCCCACUUACCCCCACCUGGCGUCCCCAGAAAGUGGAGCACCUGGCGGGCAGGCACGUUCUCCAGGUGGCCUGCGGAGCCUUCCACAGCCUGGCCCUGGUGCGCUGCCCCAUCAGCCAUCCUCCGCCGGAUAAGUGUGGCCAGUGCCACCAGCUGCUCUACACCAUGACGGACAAGGAGGACCACGUCAUCAUCUCCGACAACCACCGCUGCCCCCUGCUGGUAGAGACCGGCAAACCGGCGGGGGAGGGGGAGGGGGAGGGGGAGUGCGGGGCCGACGACAACCAUCAUACUACAGACGAUCGCCGGCGCUCGGAAGGUAGCCCUGCUGGGGGGAAAGGAGGGUUGCUAGGACAACAACAACAUCAACGACAACAGGAAGUGAAGUCAUCUCCAUCAAUGCCCUUGUUGUCGUCGUCCACCACACAGCACGGCCACAGUAGUCCACCCAGGCCGCCAUCAUCCUUAUCCACCCACUCUACCUCCAACGCCUCCUCCUGCGUUGAUGCUGCCGCUGCGGCUACGGCUGGUGUGGGGUCCCCUGCCCAAGACGAGGUGACCUCCUCUGGGUCAGAGACCACUGACGCAGUCCCUCUUCCUCCUCCUCAGGAUUCAGAGCAUCCAGAGCAGCCACAACAGGUACAGGAGAGCAGCUCCGGCUCCAGACCUGAAGGGGGCGCCACUGCUGGUGCUGCUGCUGUUCUCCUCCAGGGCCAGGGUCCAGGAACAGGUUCGGGUUCGGGUCCGGGGGCCAAGAACUCCCCCUACCCGGACGAGCAGGCCGUGAAGGACUACCUGAAGAAGCUGUCGGACCACUCCAUCGCCGACCAGGCGACCGCCAAGUCGCCACCACUGGCACAGAGAUCACAGGUGGACGCCAUUGCCGACGUCUUCACCCCGGACGAGCCCCAGCCCCUCUCCUCCACCUCUUCCCUCCCCUCCUCCUCCACCUCCUCCAUCCCCUCCUCCAUGCUCAUGCCAGCUGGGGCGGGGGGCCCUGGUGGCCCCGUGGGCGCUGCCCUGAACAGCCUGGUGGCGUCCUGCGCCUCGGUGGUGGGCGAGCGGGUGGCGUCCACGUGCGAGGCUCUGUCGCUGCGCAAGGUGAUGAGCUACUACUACCAGCCCACCAGCUCCUCCUCCGCCGCCUCGGUGGCCAGCGACUCCUCUGCCAACUCCACCUCCUCUGCGCCGCCCGGCCUGGUGGCAGCAGGGGGCGCGGGCACCCAGGGUGACACAGCCCCGGACGAGGCGCUCCUCAAUCUGGAGGAAUCUAUCCAGAAGAGCUGCAGCCUGGGGGACGUGCGGCGACAGGAGGAGGGCGAGGCCCAGAGUCGACGGCUGUCUCUCCCGGGGCUCCUGUCUCAGGGUAGAUACGCAGUUCAACUCUUAGCAACCUCAUACGGGGGGAUGCUGUCUCCUCGUCUGCUGCGGCGCUACAGUCGUUCUCGGGUCAAGGCGGCGCUCCUGGACGCGGUGCUGGUCGCCGAUGACGACAACCUCUUGCCCUCGCUGCAGACGGAAGUGUGGAGCUGGGGGCGGGGCCAGGAGGGGCAGCUGGGACACGGAGACCUCCAGUCAGGGUCGCAGCCUAUGUGUAUUAAGUGUCUGAGCAAUAAGGAAGUGUUGAGGAUAGCGGCCGGUGCCCACCACUCUGUGGCCAUCACUGCCCAGUCACAGUGUUAUUCAUGGGGCAGCAACAGUUCUGGUCAGCUCGGUCACAUGGAAACGCCCAGCACGAUACCACGUCUGGCCAAGCUGUCAGAAGGCAUCCGCGUGUGGGACGUGGGGGCAGGUCAACAACACACGCUGCUAUUGGCUGAUGGGGACUGCUUCCAGCCAAUCCUGUACUACAGUGGGCAGCAGGUGAAGGAGGGGGCAGGGCAGACCUCCCAGGAGUCUUCAGGAGGCUACACCCAGCAGCCAGUGCUGCUCCCCUUCUGCAUGAACAUUGGCUACGUGAGCAGUGUGUGUGCGGGGGGCCAGGUGUGUGCCGCGUUGGCGGAUAAGAACGUGAUGGGCUUCAUCGCCAGUUUGCACGAGCUGGCCGCCGCUGAGAGGAAGUGCUACUGCAAACUCACCAGCAUCAAGACUCAGGUCCUCCAGCCACUACUCAACGCAGACAAUCUGAGCACGACCCUUGGUCCUGCCUCCACGGCGCUUCUCCAGACCCUGAUUGGGCGGUUUAACGGGGUGUGUCAGCUGACUGGCCAGAGCGCUGCCUCCCUCACCGCCCUCGUCAGACACCUGAAGGACUGCAAGGGCAUGAUACUGCUGGAACACACUCACCUCUUUACAGACACAUACACAGAGUACAGCUCUGCUCUGGGAGACUACCUGGUCAUGGGAGGAUUUCAGGCCCUUGCCAAACCCUGCCAGGAUGUGUUUGGUAAAGGCUGUGAGGUGGUCUUCAAGCUGGUGGACAGUACCGAUGACACCGUUCCUCUUCCUGAUUUGCUGCUCUCGCUGCUCCAUCAGCCAAUCAAACACCUGCAGGAGUACACACGCAUGCUGCUCAAACUGGCCACGUGCUACGAGGUGGACUCUGCAGACUACCAGCGUCUGCAGGAGGGCUGCUCCAGGUUCGAGUCUCUGGUGCUUCAUCUGAAGAGGAAGAGGAAGGAGGCAGACUACACACUCCACUUCUGGAGGAGCUUCCCUGGCAAGAUGACUGAUUCCCUGCGCAAGCCGUCGCGGCGGCUGGUGUGCGAGAGCAGCAACAAGGCGCUGACGCUGCAGAACGCCGGAAGGUUCUCCGUCAACUGGUUCAUCCUCUUCAACGACGCACUCGUCCACGCACAGGGCAUGGCCCCCUAUAAAAAUCUCUUCUCUACUCACCACGUAUUCCCACUGAGCUCCCUGUGGGUGGAUCCCAUAUCAGAGGAAGCCACUGGCCUCAAUGGACUCAAGUUGACCACGCCUGAGGAGUCUUUUACUCUGCUGACGUCAUCUCCCAUGGAAAAGUCCAAGUGGCUGCGCUCCAUCAACCAGGCCGUGGAGCAGGCCCUGAGCGGAGGCGGGGCCGAGACGUCAUCACUGACCUCGGGGGUGGGGCCUAAAGCUGACCCGCCCAUCUCACGCACAGCCUCGUACACCUUCUACAAGGAGGGCCGGAUGAAGGAGGCCACGUACGAGGGGCGAUGGCUGGCAGGGAAGCCCCAUGGGAGGGGUGUGGUGAAAUGGCCUGAUGGUAGGGUGUACACGGGGACAUUCAAGAAUGGCCUUGAGGACGGUUUUGGAGAGUACAUUCUGCCCAGUAAGAAUGCCAACAAGAGUGACCACUACCAAGGAAACUGGAAGGAGGGCAAAAUGCAUGGCUUCGGAACCUACAGAUAUGCCACAGGCGAGGUGUAUGAGGGCUGUUUCCAGGACAACAUGCGUCAUGGCCACGGCAUGCUGCGCAGCGGCAAGCUCAACUCCUCCUCCCCCAGCGUCUUCAUCGGCCAAUGGCACGCUGACAGGAAGUGCGGCUACGGCGUCCUUGAUGACAUCACCAGGGGUGAGAAGUACAUGGGCCAGUGGCAGGAUGACCUGCGUCAUGGUAACGGUGUCAUUGUCACCCAGUUUGGCCUCUACUAUGAGGGAGGCUUCAGCAACAACAAGAUGAUGGGUAGUGGCGUGCUGCUUUCUGAAGACGACACCUCAUUUGAGGGAGAGUUCUCUGAAGACUGGACACUUAGUGGGAAGGGUACUCUGAACAUGCCUAAUGGGGACUACAUUGAGGGCUCGUUCAGCGGUGUGUGGGGAUCGGGCCUCAAGAUCUCCGGCUCCUUCUAUAAGCCUAACCUCUUCGACUCAGACAAAGACAAAAAACACACACCUAGGCUGGGUCGGCUGGUGGUGGGUGCUGAGGACAAGUGGCUGGGGGUGUUUGAGGAGUACUGGGCUAAAUUGGGAUGCCACGCGGCGGACCAGGGGGAGACCAGCAAGGCCUGGGACAAUAUAGCUGUGGCCCUCAGCACCAAUAGACAACUGCACAGAGACAGUCCGGAGUUGAGGCGCUCGUUGAGUCGUUCUCAGCAUAAGGCCCUGGAGGGCCUGGAGAUCAUCCCCCAGCACACAGGCCCCGUCACCAUGGAGAUAUACGACAACAUACGACGGUACCUCAUCAAGGCGUGUGACACGGCGCUGCACCCUCUGGGCCGUCUGCUGGAGUCCCUGGUGGGCGUGUACCGCAUGACCUAUGUGGGCGUCGGCGCCAACCGCAGGCUCCUCCCCCAGGCCGUCAGCGAAAUCAAGUCCUACCUCAAACGCCUCUUCGGCAUCGUAAGGUUCCUGUUCCCAGAUCUGCCUGAUGAGGGCUGUGUGAUCCCAGAGACUGCGGAUGAGACUACGGAGGCACAUCUAGAGGUUCCACGUCGAGUGGUGAGUAGUUCUGCUCUCCUGUUGCCGGUGCUGCUGCCACGUCUGUACCCUCCGCUCUUCACCCUCUACGCCCUGGACAAGGAGAAGGAGGACGACGCCUACUGGGAGUGCGUCUCAAGACUCAACAAGCAGUCCGACCAGGCUCUGCUAGUCUUCCUCGGAGUGAACCAGAAGUUUUGGCCAGCCUCCACCGCUAACCAGGGAGAGAACCAGGAGGUUGCAUCCAGCCCAAAGGAUGGCUGCUUUGCCGCCGCAGUGGAGACCCUGCAGCAGAUCAGCACCACGUUCACUCCGGCAGACAAGCUGCAGGUGAUCCAGCAGACGUUUGAGGAGAUCACGCAGGAGGUGCUGGCCCUGCUGAAGGAGAGCUUCCUCUGGUCCAUGGACGACCUCUUCCCUGUAUUCCUCUACGUGGUGCUCAGGGCACGGAUCCGUAACCUGGGCUCAGAGGUGAGCCUGAUAGAGGACCUGAUGGACCCGUGUGUCAUGCACGGGGAACACGGCAUCAUGUUCACCACGCUCAAGGCUUGUUACUACCAGAUCCAGCAGGAGAGGAUCACCUAGAGACUGGCACCUUCAUCAUUUACCUUCCCUGAGUGACAUCUAAGCUAACCAAUCACCAGCCAGGAAACGGUGAUUGACAGAAGAAGGAGCCAGUUACAAGCAAGCUCUGUGCCAAGGGGUGUGGGCCGGGAAGCUUGGUUUGGUUUCUGUGCACACCCACAUCGUGAUCUUCCUCAGUGUUGGAGUCAAGACAAGUUUUCCUCGUUCACACACACACACACACACACACACACACACACACACACACACACACACACACACACACACACACACACACACACACACACACACACACACACACACACACACACACUUAUGAUUCAUCUGUGGCGUGUUCUGUGAGUGUGUAUCUGUGUCUGGAACCACUCGAAGGAGCAUCACUCUGCAUUCUGUUCUAGAACAUUCAGAGGGAUUCUGAAGUCCUUGUGACGUGGUUCUGUGACAUUUUGGUGGUCACCUGACCUGUUGAGGUUAAGAUCAUACAGGUACGCACAGGUGAUCCACAACAAUGGUGACACCAGCUAGCCCAUGUCACCUGCGAGACGUUUUAUAUACUAAACACUACAAAUGUGUUUUUUAUUUAAUGUGUAUUUGUGCAGACCUCAUACUGUUUCCACUUUGAAGCACAAUAUAACAUGGUGUUUGUGUGUGCGUGUGCGUGUGCGUGUGCGCGUGUGUGUGAGAGAGAGUAUGUGAGGGGGUUACUUAUACCCAUGUUUUAAGCCCAGGUCUGUUAGAAAGUUUUACAAAGAGCCUUGUCCAAGUGUGAACAUGUUGUAUGCUAUUAUUAUUAUUAUUCAUGUUAAACCACACACACACACACACACACACACACACACACACACACACACACACACACACACACACACACACACACACACACACACACACACACACACACACACACAAUCACAAUCACAAUCACACACACAAUCACACAGACACACACUACUACGGUGUUAUGCAAAGAAUCAUAUGUACCAGAGUUGCAUGGAAUGGAGGAUAUGCUAUAGGCCAUAUAAGCUAUAUAAGGAAGACCUAUACGCUUGUUUUCUCUUUGUUUAUUUGUCAAGUGACCUCUUCAGUAAUGUAUUCAGGAAAGUGUGAAAACCCUGCUGGUGCAGUGGGGUGUAACGUGAGAGUGCUCAGACCAAGUAAAGUGUAGUAUUUAAGCAUCGUAUUGUAGUGUGUUGAAGUCCUCAGGGACCUAUACUAAGAAGCUGGUUCAGGAGUAAACCAUCUAAUAUAAACCAUCUCAGAUGAUUUACCUCUUAACUUAUAGGUAAUGAGAAAAAGCGCACACCGGUGAGCUCUCAUUUAAUCCAUUUUAUUUCUGUGUGACGUUUCGGACCACCCUGGCCCUUCCUCAGACGUUCAUAAGUUCAUAUUGGCACAGGCAACAUCGUGUUUUUAUAUUGUGUUAUAUUUUUUCCCUUUUUUUUCAUUCAUAUCUGUGAAGGGGAAGAUGGCUGCUCGGGUCUUCCAGUCUUGUUUGCAGUUUAGCAGAAGCUUUUUGAUGACUGUUGGUGGUUUACAAUACUAACUAACCUCAAGUGAAGGACUUAUUUAUCUCCCAAAAGAACGAGCCUGCCUGCUUUGGCCUGUAUUCAGUCCUCAAUCACAUUCAUCUUGGAACCUUUUUGUCUUAUCAGGUGUCCGCUUAGAGACUGCCUAACAUGUAGUCCUAAAUUAACACCACCCAACCAUUCAAAUGUUGGUGAAAUUUCAGUAUGGCUAGCCGACUAGCCAUUUUGGCUGGUGGUGAAAAAAGUUAACUCGACACAGCGCACAGUUUAUACUCUUCCAGUUCCACUCAAUCACAAGAGUGCUCUGUCGACAGCACAAGAGAGACAACGGUCUCUCUAUGGAAGCUCGAUUUGCUAACCACUUGAAAUUUUGCAUUGAUUUCACUUCCAUGGUAGUAUCCCCCAAACCUUAUAUCAUGGCUCUUCAUGGGGAACUAGCUGUAGAUUGAUGGGAGGCAAGGGUUAUAGGCCCAUCGGCCCCCAUCAGCCCCGGCCAUUUUGAAGUCUGCCCUUAGCCUGAUUAUCAUCGACUUGCAAAUCUCUUCAAGAUCUCUUCUGACCAAGAGCAUAAAAAUUAACAUUUCCCAAAUGGCAUGGUUGACCCGCCUCCCUUGGUUUGCUAUUGGUUGUUUGCGUCCCGACAAAGUGAGAGGAGUUAACGGAGAGGGAGGAGUUUCUGGAGCUCAGAAACGAUGUUUGUGUUGCUCCUGACCUGACUAAAAGCAGCGCUGAAGGUGUUGCGUCACAAGGAGAGCGCGGCCUGGCUAGUUUGCCCUCUUAUCGGAGGCCUUGUGUCUUUCUGUUAUUUGUCUAGUUGCUGCGAGUUCUAAGAGACUGUCUGUCAAUCUGACUUCAGCAGAUCAACAGAGAUGUCUGCAUGAUUCUCUCCAUGCAGUAGCUCUUCUCCCCUCCCAUCCUUCUCUUCUCAGAUCUGUCAGGCUGCCACAUGCGUGGGUGCGUCCACUGCCAAAGGAUUAAAAGUCGAUGACUUGCUAUUCAGCUGGCGACUUGCAUCCCUCUAAAACAUAUGUUUGUCUUGUCACUGUGGUCUGCAGAUGACUUGAUCAGACAUUAACAGAGCACAAAGCUGUGCGAGGGUGGCCUGGGGUGGUGUAAUCCACCCUGUAUCCUCUACUGUAUGUACUCGGCUCCCCGCAUCUUGUAAUCUGGUAGCCUGCCCUGUGCAUACCAGCUCUCCUAAGUCAGAGAACAAUUUUGGCAACCAUCGUCACAUCUCUGAACAUGUCAAAAAGAAAAAGAUAACGAGCGCUCCAAAGUCUUUCCUCCAAGUAGAAGCAGUGCAUCUGGUUAUUCCUCCUAAGGCUGCAUAGAGGGACUGACUAAAUCCAAAGCACUCUCCUCCGAGUCAAGGUUGUAGUUAUAUAUUCGUAGAGGGAUAUUACUUAGGGACUCCGCACAGCGGCUUCGACAGCACUGCGGAGCACUCUCACUUCCGACACAAUACCGGCCCCCGCACACAAUUUCACCCCAACGGAGCAUGGAUUGUCAAUGGGCGGCUCCAACAAUAUAGAACUCAUCCCUAAUUGCUAGCCGAUGUCCGCGGACAUCGCGGCCAGUGUGCCGGGUUCUAUUGAAAACAAUGGAACCAAACUUUUGUGGAGCAGUGCUCUGCACUUUGUCAGAGCCGGUGUGCGGAGGCCCUUAGGUGCGAAAGGGGGUUUGCAAAAAGUUUGGGAGCCUCUGGCAUACACUCUGACUUGGCAUCCUUGGUGCUCUAUCAUGUGUUCUAUCAUGGUCUAGUAGUCGCUGUGAGCUGCCAGUGACUUGAUGUAACUUCAGCAGAGCUAAGUGCAGAUUUGCGUGGCUAUAAUCCACCUCCAUCAUACACUUGUAAUCUGCCGGUCUGUGCGGACAUCAGCCUACCAAGGUCAGAGAUCAAUCUUGCCAUCCAUCUUUUGCAUCCCCAUCAGCAUAUGCUUGUCUAGUCCACUGAGGGCUACAAUUCAUAUGAUCAGACUUCAGCACAGUAGAGUACAGAGCUGUGUGUAAUAUGUACAGUAAUCCAUGUGCUGGGCUUCUGUCAUCUCUUAAUCUACCAAACUCUGUGUGUGUGUAUCAAUUCUCAAUGUCAAGAGGUCAAUGUUGGCAUCUGCUCGCCCAAUGACUCAGGCUUGGCAUUCGGCCUUGUAUCCCUAAACGUGUGUCUGUGUGUAGUUGCAGGGAGCUGUAGCUGGUUGUGAACCUGACUUCAGCAUAUCAGCUGAGCAGGGAGUGAGAAAGAAUCAUAUCCACAUACUCAGUACCCCUUCCUCGUCAUUUUCAUCAUCUCGUGCACUGCUUGUCAUAAGUGGCAAGAGAGAAAAAACUGGAAGGGUUCCUGCACCUCUUUUUUCCACUUCAAGCACUGCACUCACUGGAGUCCAUAUUCCUCUCAUCUGGUGUCGUCUGUACUGUAAGCUAAGAGUGCAUCUGCUCUGUAAGGUCAGAGAUCAGUGCAUCAUUCACUCCACUAUGUGCUGGUGUACAGUAGUUGCUUUGCUGCGAGUCGGACUUGACAGUAUAGAGAUGUGAGUGUGUGGUAAUGUAUCUCCGUCUGCACUGAGCUCUCUUCUCAUCUCGUGUCAUCUAUAUCAUCAGCUCUCUCAAAGGUCAAGGGUCGUUGUGAAGCGUGUAAGAGUGCAUGAGGCAGUGACCCAGUGUUGACCUUUGGAUGAGGGUGAUGAUGUACAUACACACCCAUGGUUCUUAAAUACACAACAUUACAGUCAUGACUUUGGGAUGAUGAUGAUAGUGGUGGCUGUGGUGGUGGUGUAUAUGUCCAUAUCACACCCACUGUCACUCUUAUAUACACCACGCUACUGUGAUAUAUCAGUCACUGGCUGACUUUAUAUCUUUGCCACUUGACUUGGGCACAGACAGCAGUAUGAAAGACUACACAUCACAUUGCCUGCUCUUAGAGGCUUCUCUUGAUUGCUGAAGCCACAUUUUAAUUACCUCCGCCAAGGAGGUAAUGUUUUCGAGUCCCGGUUAUCUGUUUGUCUGUCAGCAAGAUAACUCAAAAACAAAUCAACGGAUUUGGACGAAACUUUGUGGAGUUGUUGGUAAUGUUUCAAGGAACAAGUGAUUGAAUUCUGGUGGUGAUCCCAAUCACGAACCGGAACCAGGACUUUUAAAAAGAUUCCUAACCACUGCUGGCCUAUAAAUCUAGACGCCCCUAGUGACUACAAAUUGAAUUGACAGGGUGAAUCUUGAUAUUCCAUUUGCCAACUCUACAAAAAGAAGGCAGAGAGACUUAAAAUAAAAAUAGGGUGCAACAUAGUCAAAGGGUUCUAUCAAACAGAUUCCUUGGCGGGGGUCUGCACUUUCAGAGUGCAUUCUGGUUUAUAUUUGAUUUGUGUGCGGAAACAAGUUUUCUAACCAAAUUUUCUAACCAUCCACUCAGAUGUGAUUAGACUAAGUGAUAAGACGGACAACCAUACAGUACAAUCACUACAACUGGGGUUAAGCAGAACAAAUGUUUUUCAGUUCACAGCACAAUCGUUCUCAGCACAAAUGUAGAUUUGUUUUUACCCCAAAUUCAGCAAUAACUGUGAUUUUUUUUUUUUUAAUCUUUUUUUUUCUUUGAAAACUGUUUUUAAAACUGACCACUGUGUUUAAACGUGUCCCUCAGAGUGUUCUUUGGCGUCUCAUCAUCCUGACUAUGGGAGUCCGAUAGUAACCUUCCAUUAGAUCAGGUUUCUGUGUUAAUCUCAGCAAUGUUGGUAAUCUGAAUGAUGAUUAUAAUCUGACGGAUUGGAUCAUUUUCUAAAAUGAUGAGGCAUAGAAGCAAGAGAGCCCGUCUAGGACAUGAUGAGUGACACAUGGAUUCACAAAGUGCUAUUUGAUAUCUUCCAUUUUAAUGUUGUUGUAUUGUACUAUUAUGCUGCUGCAGUUGUGUAUCUUAUUGUGCGCGUGUGUGUGUGUGUGUGUCCGUCCGUCCGUCCGUCCAUCCGUCCGUCCAAGAGUAUGUAUCUGGGCUUUGUGCGUGAUGUAACGCUGGAUUCCCAGAUGAAAAAUUACUAUUCACUGCGUCUAAUCUGUGUGUUUGUGUGUGUGUGUGUGUUCCGCAACUGACAUACCUGUUUUCUGUAUGUUUGCAUGAGGGGACUGUAGGCUUGUUUGAAACGGUCAGGUUUAGUAGUGGCUACUAGCGUUAAGAAAUCCAUUCUGGACAUCCUUGCAAUAGUCACAUUUUCGGACUUUCUCGUCAGCAUACUGUACCAUGUAGUUUGGUAUGGUGUGGUUACACCGUAAAUUCUGUAGUGUUAAUUGAACACUUAAGCGCAGGGGUGUCAUUCAUAAGGCCACAGGGUUGGAGGCGGCCCACCAGAUAAUUCAAUACGGCCCCAGAGUCGCAGUGAGAGAGAAGGGGAAAAAAACAAGACUGUCAAAAAAGAACUGAAUCUCGAGCCCAUUACAAAGUUGCUGCAGAUUUGAGUUUUUAGGUUUCAGUUUGAGUUUUCAGAAGAAAAAAAAUAUUAUAUAUAUAUAUAUAUAUAUAUAUAUAUAUAUAUAUAUAUAUAUAUAUAUAUAUAAUAUAAUAUAACAUUUUGAAUUAGCAACCUUUUUCAACUAUUGGAUCAGAAAAUGAAUAGCUAUGUUGCCUGCAUAAUCGUUGCUCAAAAAGUUGCCCUGUGUAUCAUUGAGUGUUAAAUUAACACUACAAAGUGUACUGUGUCAGGUCAAGUUUGGUCAAAUGGUUUGGUAGCCUACAGUACAAACUGCAUUGGUUUGAACCCAGCCACUAACCAGCCAGACGAUAUCAAACAAGCCUUGGAACAUGGUGAUAUACGGUAACGUUUUUAAAAUUACAAUUCGUGAUUGCAUUUCUGGUGUGUGUCUGGAGUUUACCCAAAGUGUAUGUUCUGCCAAAUCGCAGUCUGAGAGAUUGUGUCUGUGUGUUCCUGUGCCUGUUGUUGAGUUGGGGGGGAGGGGUGUACACUUUUUUGUAAAAGUGAAUUUUAAUGUAUCAUAAAAUGUACAUUUGAUUUUUUUGUUUCAACAAGUUCAAACUUGGAGCGCAAUAAACUUGUAUCAGUGAUA